UUCAUUUUAUCAUUUUAACAUUUUACUAGAAUAUCGGAAUAAUCGCCCUUUGAUCUCUUUUCCAAUAGUUUCCUAAUCAUGGACCAGGAAUACGAUUAUGUUAUCCUUGGUACAGGACUCAAGGAAUGUAUUUUGAGUGGUCUGUUGUCCGUAAACGGGAAAAAGGUUCUUCAUAUGGAUCGCAACUCUUACUACGGUGGAGAAAGCACUUCCAUGCAUCCUCUUGAUGAGUUGUUCAAGAGAUUUAAAGAAUCCGAAGGCCCGGGCGACAGCUUCGGUAAUAGUCGGGACUGGAAUGUCGACUUGAUUCCCAAGUUUUUGAUGGCAGAUGGUGGUCUUGUCAAGUUGCUGGUUCAUACUAAAGUAACGCGUUACUUGGAAUUCAAGCAGAUUGAAGGAAGCUAUGUUUUCCGCGGUGGAAGCGUCUACAAGGUUCCUGCGAAUGACAAGGAAGCUCUCUCCUCCAGUCUGAUGGGAAUCUUUGAGAAACGACGAUUUCGAUCGUUCCUUCUUUUUGUUCUGAAGUACAACGUAGAAGACCCAACUACUUGGGAAGGCAUCGACCCGAAGACUUCGACUAUGAAAGAUGUUUAUUCCAAGUACGGUCUUGAUCAGAACACUCAGGACUUCACAGGCCAUGCCAUCGCUCUGUAUCUCGAUGAUGACUACAAAACAAAGCCGUGUGGGGAGCCUCUACAGCGCAUAAAGCUGUACUAUGAUUCUCUGUCUCGCUACGGUCAUAGCCCCUAUUUGUAUCCUCUCUACGGGCUUGGCGAAUUGCCUCAAGGGUUUGCCAGAUUGUCGGCAGUUUAUGGCGGUACAUACAUGUUGAAUAAACCAGUGGAAGAAAUUGUCAUGGAGAACGGCGUAGUCUGUGGAGUGAAGUCGGAAGGAGAGGUUGCAAAAACGAAAGCUGUUAUCGCCGAUCCUUCGUACUUCUCCGAGAGAGUAGAGAAAGUAGGACAAGUUGUUCGGUGCAUUUGUAUUCUGUCUCACCCAAUUCCUAAUACAAACGAUGCAAAAUCCUGCCAGUUGAUCAUUCCCCAAAAUCAAGUUGGCCGAAAAUCAGAUAUCUAUGUGUGCUGUAUGUCUCACACCAACUCAGUCACCCCAAGAGCUAAAUAUUUGGCUAUUGUUAGCACCAAAAUUGAGACGAAUGACCCUUCGUCCGAGUUACAGCCUGGCUUGAAUCUUCUUGGCAAGAUUGACAAGAAGUUUGUAUGGAUCAGUGACAUGUACAUGCCUAAAGAUGAUGGUAAAGAAAGUAAGAUAUUCAUUUCGAAGUCUUACGAUGCUACUACUCAUUUUGAAACUGUCUGCGAAGAUAUCAUGGAUAUGUAUGAGAGGAUCACAGGGGAAAAGUUUGACCCCAGUUCAAUUUCUUUAGAAGAUGUCAAAGUUGAGAAUUAAUUUCUUGCAAUAAUUUCAGUAUAAUUGUAGUGUAACAAUUUUUGAGAUGGCAUUCCCCAUCAUAUGAUAAUUAUUUCAUAUUUGGACAAACUGGUAUUGACAGUGAGACUAAUUUUAAGUGACAGUGAUUAGUUUUCAAGUGAAGGAAGAUCUCAGUGUGGUGAUGGCUUAUAUGGCUAACAGUUAAAAAUUUGGUCAUUGUGCAACUAAUGGUUAAUUUCUUUCUGUUAAGAUUAAAAGGAGAAUUUUUACGGUUAACUUUUCUUUUUUGAUUAACAGUUAAAGUUGUCAAGAUUUGUGCCUAAUGGCUUACCUGUUUUGCCAUUUUACUGCUAACAGUUAACCCCAUUGAGACCCUGGUAAAGGAUGUUAAUCAAGAAUGUAUCAUUUAAUCCUUUCAUUCCCAAGAUCUCAUUUAGUUGGUACUUCUCCUUUGUGUCUGCCAUGCAAUUCUUAUGAUUUUCCUUAUGGGAAUUUGGUAUUGGAUCAACAGAUAGUUUCUUAAUUGAUAUUUUUCUCCAUUCUCAUCACUUGUCUGCCUGAUAUGGUAUUAGCAUUGUAAGGAGAAAUUCUCUCUUGGUCACUCAUGGGAGGUGAAAGGUUAAGUUUGAAAUUAAGAACAACAGGGGCAAAACAAGAAUCCAUCAAGCUGAUUCAAUUAUUAUUUAACAGUUAUUUGUCAAAGGUGAAGUGAAUAUUGUUGAAUGAUACCCAAGACUAAGUGGAAGGGACUAUUCCAAAAUAUUCAAUGAGCAAGAGGUGAAUAAAUUUUCUGUAUAAUUGCUGGGUGCUUUUGUAUUCUGUUAUAAAUUCAUUCUGUUGGUGAAACAAUUCUGUUAUCAUUUCUUUUUUUGAUUAAUCAUUUCAAGAUAAGCAGAUAAGACCCAGGUUAGUUGUUAACAUCCUUGUAAACAAACAGUAAAGUUUAUAAACUAGAUUCUCACAUUGAUAUAAAUCCCUGAAAACAUGCAAUCAUUUGGGAACAGUAAUUCAAUAAUGAAAACUUUUUAAGUUGAUCCAACUUUGACCAAUUAAAGAUGAUUGUUGUUCCCAUAACCUAACCCUUUGACCCCUGAGAGUGAUCAGCAUCUAAUUUCUCUUUACAAUAUUACACCUGGAUCAAACAUUAUGGUCAUAAGAAUAAGGGAAGUGAUCAUCACAUAAAGAAGUUCUUGAUUUUCAAACAAUUCUCCUCGUCAACGCCUUAGGAAAUGUUUGGAGAAUAUGCCUGAAUGGACAUCCAUUGUCUAAGAAUCAUGUAAGCCUGUCACUGGAAAUCAUUUUUAUUUCAAUCAGUUGCUAGUUAACCACUCAUCAGAUAAUUAUGUCACCUGUAAUGAGAGAUUAUAGGGUGAGCUGCCCAUAGGGCAAGUACAAAAACAGAAUAAUUUAUUAUGUGAUAUAUUAUUUAUUAGUUUUAAUUAUAAGAGACAUAUCCACUGAUCAGUAGGAGUUAAAGUUUGUUCAGAAGGAUACAGCAGUCAAGUGUAGUUAUUUAAAAGGAAAUCCAUUUUUGGUGCCUGGGCAUCAAUGCCCUGUGCAAAAUUUCUAUGGAAAAUAUAAGAAACAACUACUGUCUGGCAACAUGAGAGAGAGAAAAUUAAUAUGUUCGUAUAAAUUUGUGAAAGGAUACCAAAGUAGAAAAAAGAACAGCUCAAACUUUUUGAACACAAAGAUUUUUCAAGUACAAGAAUCUUGCUGACUUAUCAUUCUGUUUUGAGCUUUACUAAAAAAAUUGUAUGCAUCUAAAAUUCUGUGGCCCAUUGGCUCAUGUAGUUACUUGAAGUUUGUGAGACAACUUGGUUCUGACAGCCUGAAAGCAAGCCAUCUAGUCAAUAAAGUGUUUGCUCAUGCACAGACAUGUGACUGCUGUGUUGUUCAGAAUGAGAGUAUGAUUGAUAGUGCUAAAGUUCACGUUUCAAGAAACUGGUUCACUUAAAAUUUUUACUCAGAAAAGUUUUUAGGAACCAUGGUUUAUUUUCAAAAUAACUGAAAGGAAAGACUGACCUAAUGCUAAUUUUAACAAAAUAUUAGUUUCUUUCUGGGUAAUUAUCAGUAUGUGAUUACUUUGACAAGUCACAAAUAUUGCAAACAGGUUUUUCCUUCUAGAAAAUUUUAUUAUUAUAGUUUUCUUGUUUUAAUAAUAUUUAAGAGGUAGCAACUCAAGCAUUUAGAGACUUAAAAUAAAAUUUGUGUUAGUCAACCAUAAA